AUGCACCGAAACGCUCGUCGAUUCUCCGCCACCGCCGCCGCUGCUCAGCUCUCCGUCCUCCUCAACUGCGUGCGGAUUUCGAUAGAGGAGCGGUCGGCUGGUCUCCUGUGCAGGUCUCACGCUGCUGCUUUCCCUCUCGGGCUCCACCGCCACCCGUACCUCGCGUCCCGCCUGAUCUCCGCCUACUCCCUCCUCGGCUCCGUCUCCCUCUCUCGCUUCGUCUUUGAAUGGAGCCUGCAAGAAGGAAACCCUCUCCUAUGGAACUCCAUGCUCGCCGCCUACUCCCGCGACGGCCACUUCCGGGAGGCCAUGUCCCUCUUCAGCGGGAUGCUCCCCCGAGCGCCACCAGACAACUACAGCCUCGCCAUUCUCGCCAAGGUCUCCGGCGAGCUCGCCGAUCUGGCCUCCGGUGGGACGAUACAUUCUCUGGUAGUAAGGCUAGGGUUUGCCUCUGAUGUCGUCCUGCUGAAUUCUCUCAUGGGGAUGUACUUAAGAUGCGGGGAGUCGAAGGAUGCUCGCAAGCUUUUCGACGAAAUGCCCAGGAGGAGCGUGUCUUCUUGGAACGGGCUGAUGUCGGGGUCUGGAGAAGCAGUCUGGGAUCUUCUGUUGCAGAUGCAGCGAGAGGGGUUGAGGCCGGAUGAGUUCACGAUCUCCACUGUUCUUCCCUUCUGCACUGCGGAUUCCACUGGUAGAUGGCUUCCUCGUGGGAGAGAGAUCCACGGAUUCGUCCUGAGAAAUGGUCUGGGACUGGGAUCAGAGCUUGAUUGUUACAUCGGCAGCUGCCUGAUUGAUAUGUAUUCGAAAAGAGGGAGUGCGAAGCUGGGGAGAUUCAUCUUCGAUCGGAUCGCCUGGAAGAAUGUGGUCGCCUGGACCGCCAUGAUCUCGGGUUACGUGCAGAGUGGAGAGCUGGAGGAAGGCCUGAUCCUCUUCCGUAUGAUGCAGCAUAAAGCCGGAGUAGCUCCCAACAAGGUCACUCUCUUGGGGAUCCUCCCAGCCAUUGGCUCUCUCGCAAGCUUGAUCUCGGGAAAGCAGAUCCACGGCUUCGCAAUCAAAGAAGAUUUGAUCCGGGAAGCCUCCUUGAACAACGCUCUGAUCGACAUGUACUCCAAGUGCGGCAGCCUGGAUUCCUCCAAGCGGCUCUUCGAUCAAGAUGGCUGGCAGAAAGAUGCGAUCUCCUGGAGCUGCAUCAUCUCGAGCUAUGGCCUCCACGGGAGAGGCGAAGAAGCGACGUCCAUAUUCCGCAGGAUGAUCGAGCUCGGAAUGGAUCUGGAUCACAUCACCUGCAUGGGGAUUCUCUCCGCUUGCGGGAGGUCCGGCUUGGUCGCCCAAGGCCUCGAGAUCUACACCUCUCUGAUCGACGAGCACAGAAUUCUUCCCACGGCGGAGAUCUCCUCCUGCGUAGUCGACAUGCUCUGCCGUGCCGGAGACCUCCAACGAGCGUUGAAGUUCAUCGACUCGACGCCAUCGGCGGCCACUCCGAGCGCUUGGGGAACGCUACUCGGAUUCUCUGUGGCUCAGGGGAGCACGCAGAUGCGAGACCUGGCCUGCGAUCGUCUUCUCCAUCUGGAACCUGAUAAUCCGUCCAACUUGGUGGCGCUCUCCAAUCUUCACGCCUCCUCGGGGAGGUGGGACGCGGCGGCGGAGGUGAGGGCGAGGAUGAGAGAGAGGGGGCUGAGCAAGCUCCCUGGGUGCAGCUGGAUCACCAUUAAUGGCGUCCUCCAUUCCUUCUUCGCCGCAGAUUACAGCAGCCUCCAUGACUCGGAGACGAUGAUCUUCCCAGUUCUGGAGAGUCUCCAUUCCCACGGUACGUAG